AUGUGCUUUCUGAUUGAUCCACAGCUUCGGAAAAAUCUUUGCUAUGUACAAUUCCCUCAGAGAUUCCAUGGAAUUGAUCGUAGUGAUCGAUACGCCAACGGAAACAAUGUCUUCGUCAAUUUCGCAGGUGUUCAAAGCCAGUGUCAAGAGGAGAAGGAGGUGCAAGAAAAAGGAGACGAUGGGAGUGGUGGGGAUGAUCUAAAUGGUGACUCCGGUGCUAGAAUCCUAAAGAAUUUUGGCUUAUAUAGUGCUGACUCCCGUAAAUAG